AUGGUUCCGUCCGGAACUCGAACUGUUUUGCGGGAAGCAGCUGUUUCAGGUCGAGCUAACGGUGUCAACAAAACACUGAGGAAAAUGAGAAAGGGCCGAGGGACCAAAGUGCCUCAGGGCCAGGUGCACAAGAACCAGAUGGAACAGUCUACCAGUCUGUCUGCUGUGGACCAAGUCAGCUUCAUAAAAGGACUGGAGCAGAACGAUAGCAACCCUCUUCACAGCACUGCCUUGGAGGAGCACUUGGAUGUCCAGGAGGAGGGAGAGUUGGACAAAAACCGAGGACAAAGAGGGAAGAUUGCUCCUGUCAAAAAGCAGGGAGCUGCAGCGAAGAGAAAAGGCUCAGGAGGAGGCGAGGAAGAGGAGAGGAAGAAGAAGAGCAGGACAGAUAGAGGAGGGAAGGGAAGAGCCAGGCAACAAAAGGGAGCAACAGAAAGGCAACCGGACGAGACAGCGCAGAGGUCCAAAACGACCCGGGCCACGGCGACGAUCAGCCGGCGUCUGAGUGGGAAGAAGCCUGUCGGGAUGAGGAAGGCCCCGGGAAGGACGGCUGCUGGAAGACCGGCACAGAGGCAGCAGCUGGAGGAGGAGGGCGAGACGGCGAGCGAAUCAGCUGAUGAGAAGACUUCAGAGUCUGAGGAGGAGUCUGACUCGGAUGGAGCCCGGAGGAACCGCAGGAAGCUCCCUUCGUCCGACGAGGAAGACGAUGAAGGCAGCGUUUGGACUCCCACUCCAAUGAUGACUAAACACCUGACUAAAUGCCUCCAUUUGGGAAGAAAGUCCUCAUCAGAUAAGACUAAAGUUGCUAAAGCCGACGGCGGCGUUGGGCAGAAGAAGCGCGCCGGCCGGGGAGCAUCCCAGUUAGAGGUGGUUCUGGAUGCCGUGCUGGAUUUCUGCCAGCAGUACGGGGAGACGGUGGAGUCGGCGGCAGUCAGAGAGUCCGUCGGCUGCUUCGCCAGCAACGUGGAGGCUCAGCUAGAGGAACAGAUCUCAUCUCUGAAGGACUUCAGGUCUUUGAAAAGAGAGAACAUAAAGGUGGGCUCUUUGAUUCGAAGGAAGACUCAGAGACUGUUGGACGCCAAAAACGAGCUAAUGAGGGCGGAGAGGCAGCUGUGGCUCCUGGAGAAGGAGAAAGCGGAGCUCCAGCAGAGACUGGACGAUCUCAGAAGAGGCCGGGCGUUCCUCCACGACGUCAGGGAGCUGACCGCGCGUUACCUGGCCCACCGACGCAAGCACCCCGCUGAGAAAGAGACGUUUGGAGCAUCCAGUUUACCGGCUCUGUUGUUGGAAACAAAGCUCAUUCAAAGACCAGUUCAUCCUCCCAGUGAAGUCCAGGCUAAGAAGAUGGCUCAAAAAUAACGAGAUUUUAAUUAGCAUUUGUGUAUGUAACUGUAAUGUAAGAUGAACAUAUUCAAUAAAUGAGGCUUUUCAA